CUGCGGAGGGGCGGGGCUCGGUCACGUGCAGUCGGGAGGCGGGGCGGCGCGCGGUACAUAGGCGGGGCGGCCCUACAGGCGCCGCUGCGCUCGGGCACCGGCGGAGGGGCGCGCUCGCAGGCUGCAGGCCGCAGGCCAGGCUCUCCUCAAGCCCGGUGAAUCUAGGAUCCAGCUUCCAAAAUGUGGCAGCUCUUGCCUGCUCUGAGCUGCCUGGUGAUGCUGACCAGUGCCUGGGGCAGGCCGGAUUUCCAGACCCUGGCAGAUGAGCUGGUCAACUAUGUUAACAAACGUAACACCACAUGGAAGGCCGGACACAACUUCCGCAACGUGGACUUGAGCUACCUGAAGAGGCUGUGUGGCACCGUGCUGGGCGGGCCCAAGCUGCCGCAGAGAGUUUGGCUUGCUGAGGACAUGGUUCUGCCUGAAAACUUUGAUGCCCGGGAACAGUGGCCGAACUGCCCAACCAUCAAGGAGAUCCGAGACCAGGGCUCCUGCGGCUCCUGCUGGGCAUUCGGGGCUGUGGAAGCCAUUUCUGACCGGAUCUGUGUCCGCACCAGCGGGCGUGUCAACGUGGAGGUGUCCGCCGAGGACUUGCUGACCUGCUGCGGUGACCAAUGUGGGGACGGCUGUAACGGGGGCUUUCCUGCUGCGGCCUGGAACUUCUGGACGAAAAAGGGCCUGGUUUCCGGGGGCCUCUACGACUCUCAUAUAGGCUGCAGACCCUACUCCAUCCCCCCCUGUGAGCACCACGUGAAUGGCUCCCGGCCCUCGUGCACGGGGGAGGGGGACACCCCCAAGUGCAGCAAGAUGUGUGAGCCCGGCUACACCCCAUCCUACAGGGAAGACAAGCACUAUGGUUGCAGCUCCUACAGCCUCUCCAACAGCGAGAAGGAGAUCAUGGCGGAGAUCUACAAGAACGGCCCGGUGGAGGCCGCCUUCUCCGUGUACUCGGACUUCCUGCUCUACAAGUCCGGAGUGUACCAGCACGUCACCGGAGACAUGAUGGGAGGCCACGCAGUGCGCAUCCUGGGCUGGGGAGUGGAGGAUGGCACGCCCUACUGGCUGGUGGGCAACUCCUGGAACACUGACUGGGGAGACAGCGGCUUCUUCAAGAUCCUCAGAGGCCAGGAUCACUGUGGAAUCGAGUCGGAAAUCGUGGCUGGAAUCCCAUGCGCUGAUCAGUACUGAAGAUCUAAGCUGCUGAGGGCCUGUCCUGCCAGCCCUGGGACAUAUAUAUCUUCCCUAAAUACAGCCAGUUGGGCUGGGGAUGAGAAGAGGGGUAGGAAUGUGUUUUUAUUCUUCGAGUUCAGGCCUGAAGGACUGGAUGGGGCCACCUCCUGUCUACCAUCGGAGCUGCCUCCCAAGGCACAGCCAGGGCCCGGCUCCCUCCCCGGCCUGGCCAGCGGGCUGCUGUCACACCGCCAGUGAGCCACUGCUGCAAGCAAAACAGCUCCUCCCACCCAGACUGGCGCUGUGUACUUCCUGCGGCCCCGGCAGACCAACAGGGUUACAGGUGUCCAAGGGCACGGGAAGUGCAGCCCUUCAGACAAGUCCCCACAUGUCGGCAGCACCUCUACGCAGGAACUUCCUAGAUUUGGAGUAGGUCAAGAGAAAUGGAGCAGCCCUUCAGAGGUCCUUCUCCCAGGCCCUGCAUCUGUUGAGCUUUGCAGUGUUGCUAACCCUCUCUGGUCUUGUGCUUGGCAUGGUUUAAUAGGAAUUUUGUGUUUUGUGCACCUCAGCUGAUCAUGUAAAAGUGGGAAGAGCUGUACUAGUUUCACAGACUCCCAAAACACACAACUGGAUGGUCGUGACUUGGCUGACCUACUGACCUCUACUGCCACAGUGAGACUAGUUGGGGAGAAACCAGCUUUUACCCGUUAAAAUAUCACUUCAUGCUGUUAAUUUAAAGAAUGGCUGUGCCAAUAAAAGGUUUCUCCUUCA